UGUGAGGACACAAGACAGGCAGUUUUCUUGCUCCAGGAACUCGGCUCACAUAAUGGCGUGCCGCUCAACGGUGUGCCAAAACUUCCCCUGAUUCCAUGCGGCAUCUAUGGACGCUCUCACUUGGAAGAUUUGCAAAAAUGCACUUUAGUUGAUUGUGUUUUGAUAAAAUGUUAUCCUGGUCUAUAUAUAUGUCAUGGACACAGUUAGUCCUAUAUUAUACUAGUGAGAGAGGAGUGAUAUUUCUUCGAAGUACUGAUCAACUGGAGUGAAUUUUGACAAUUUCUCCUCUCACUUUGCCUGUCUGCACACUGCGUGCUUCUCCAACUGCUACCUGCCAAAUAUAUAUAGCUCCGUCGUCGAUGGUCAGUGGUCAUCAGAUCGCCGCCGUGUGUGCAUGAUUGAACGCAUCGGCCAUGUGGUUUGCUCGUUGCGACGCCAACGUCCUUCUGGCCGCGGUGACCGCGCUGUCGGCGGCGAUCGCCUUCGUCGCCGCGCUCCACCUCUACAUGCGAUGCCUCCUGCAGCGGCGCCGGCGCGGCCCUGCCGCCGUCGCCGUCAACGCCCACGCGCUGCACCGCCCGCCGGACGGCUACGAGCUCGAGAUCGUCAGCGUCGCCGCCGGCGUGUGCGGCCAGGACGCCGGGCUGGACGCCAAGGCGCUGCGCGCGCUGCCGGUGUUCACGUGGGAGUCCACGGGGGAGGGUGUCUCCGCGGCGGAGCAGUGCGCGGUGUGCCUCGGGGAGAUGGAGCACGGCGAGCUGGGGAGGCUGCUCCCGGCGUGCCGCCACGUGUUCCACGUCGAGUGCAUCGACACGUGGCUCGGGGUGAGCUCGACGUGCCCGGUCUGCAGGAAGUCGGCGGCGGUGGCGGCUCCGGCUGCCGACGUGGUACCCGGUGAGCCAGAGCCCAGAGCUCCUGAAUGUUACUGUUAAAAUGGGUGGUUAGAGCUGCUGAGUGUUGGCCAUGGAAAAUGGUUAAAAUGGGUUGCUGAUGAAUUUGUUUGGCCCCUAUGAUUCACUCUAAUAUAUUCUAUGUAUUGAUAUGUA